AGGAAAACAGGAAAACAACUUCUAUUGCAGUUUCUUUUUCGGAGACGAUAAAGAUUUGUUUCAGUACAUUAUUCGGAAGUGACAGUUGUUUCUACUCGUAGUUUCUCUUUCUUGUGUAUGAUUUUGUUUCGAAUAAUUCGAACCAGAGCAAGACCACAUCUUCUACGAAGAUGGCCUUCCACAAAACCGCUCCCGGUUUCCUCGAGGUCCAGGAGGUGCCCACUUUCGACCGGAAAAACGUAAAAGUCCCGAAAACCUCCGUCGUGCGCUCGCAUGAAGUCCAAAAGUGGAUCCAGAAGCGCCGGGGUGCACUGGCCAAGCAGAAAGCCGGAGCAGGUUCCAGCUCGAGCUCCUCUUCUUCCAGCACUCCCUUCGGCAAUAAACAAGCUUCCCCGGACAAGAAAAACCUCCAGGCCGGCGAGGAGGGCUUUCUCCGGUUGCUCUGGAAGACCAUCGACUACGACGGAAAUGAGUACAUCGACGCGGACGAACUGGAGCUCAUUGUCGGCGCGAUGCGGUUGUGCUUCUACUCUGUUUUCUAUUUCGGCGAAACGUCCGACCGCCAGCGGUACCGGACGGUGCGCGCGCGGCAGCAGCUCCAGUCGCAGGGCGGAAUUCUAGGGGGCGCGGGCAACGAGGCGAAGAUGCUCGGUUUUUCCUCCAACGUGCCGCUGUUUCUCGGCAAGGACAAGGUUGGCACCAUGAAGGACAUGCUGGGGGCCACCCACGCGCAGCAGACCACCGGCGCGACCAUGUUCGACGCGGCGAGCGUGUUGAUGCAGCAGGAGGGCAGCAAGCCGGCGGGCGGGCUGAAGAGCAGCGGGUUUGCGAAGUUCCGGAAAGCCGCGGCCGGGGGUGCUGGUAAUGAUGCGAACAACAAUGGCUCAUCCCCGAACGGCAGGUCGUCCACCGUUUCCCUAGACGGGAUGGGCACUUCUUUCUCCACCGCGAUGAACGAAAAAGAAUUGACGCCAACCACCUUAGUACCCGAAAACGCCACGGCCAUCAAGGAGCCGCUCGACCCGCUGCCGGACGACGCGGCGAUGGAGAGUCUGCAGCGGAGGCUCGACACGAUUGAGAUCCGCUUGUCCGACAAGGAAAUUGCGGCGAAAAACGCCCACGCGCGGAAGUUCCGGGGGGAGUUCGAGGGCAUGCUGGACGACAUCAACGACGGGGUGUCGUUUCUAGCGGACAAGGCCGAUUUGGGCGAGGACUACCAGACUGAGUUGUCCAACCAACAAGUCCAACGCUACGAGGACAGCGGCGCGGGGUUGGUGGACGAGCUGCACCAGAAAAUCACCUCGGAGGAGAGGAUCGGGGAGAUUUUGAAGGAGCUCUCCUUUCUACGAAUUGCAAAAGUAUCGUAUUCGUAUAAAUGCAUUACAAAUUUCCUCAGCAUGAGAAAUGAAAUUUGUAAUGCGGAUUUGCUUUCAGAAAAAAAUUUGUAAUGCAUUAUGGCAAUACGAGUACGAUACUUUUGCACAGGAUACUUUCGCGGGUACUGCAACGUGAAUGACGACGCGCAGAAGCUGCAGGACCAAUUUAUAACCUGCUCUGGUGUUUUUACAAUCUCAAACGUUACGUAUAGAGUUUGGAAAUCUGUGAUGCAAGAUUGCAUGAUCUAGCCAAGUCUCAUAGGAUUGCGCAUGACAAGUUCCGGAGCCCUAAACCCCAUGACAAUCUGGCGAAAUUUGUAUUGCAAAAAGUGGAAUGCUUUGCGAGUCUUUCAUGCUCAUCAUGCAACACGACAAAUUCCAGAUUCUAUUGUAACGUUUGGGAUUGUAACGUUUGAGCAAGUCAUACAAUUCCCCGGGUUUUUCGACUCGUUCCUUAACAACGUGAUCCUGCAGUACCGCGGCGAGUCGGAGCUGCAGGCGCCGCACAGCUCGGACGGCGGCACGCAGUUGCUGAAGUCGCACCGAGCCAUUUUGGACGCGGUGGACGACAUUCACUUGAAGCUGCAAAAAAAGUCCGGGGAGAAGCCGAUCCUGUGGCCGGAGUUUGUGGACAUCUUGCGGCCCUUGUGCCGCAAGGAGAUUGACGAGGAUUUGAUGUACGCGGCGUUACCCUUGCACCUGCUCGUGCAGGACUGUCUCCGGAAAAAGGAGUUUGCGCGGUUGGGCACGGAAUACAAUUUUCGCACGCAGUAUCCACAGUAAAUUUCCCGUACAUCACGUACAAAUGCCGUUUCUGCAUGGCAAAGCUUCCCUUCGAUCCUGUUCAGCAUGACAAGUUGUCUGCGCUAAGUUAGUGAAAUUUGUGAUGCAUCAUGUUGUACAUGUACGGGAAAUUUGUAUUGCAUACGCAGCAAUACGCGGAGGCGUACAAGAUGAAGUUGAAACGUCCGGUCGAUACCGAUCUUCGGUCCCGCUCCCCGACGAUGAAGACCGGGGAAAACCUCCCGUCGAAGUGGUUCGCCGGGAAGAAGGGUCAAAGAGUGUCGCAGCUGUCGCCACAGCGGAAAUCGCCGGUAAAAGAGUGGGAGAAUUACGUCGAGGAGGAGAGAAUGGCGAAGUUGUUACGGAAAAAGAACAACCGAGAGAAUGGUGAGGACGAAGACGAAACGAUGAUCUCCUCCCCGCCUUUGACCCCGGCGAGCUCGGUGAGACGGUCCCAGUCCCCCUCUUUAGUCACCACGACCACCGGCACCGCCGCGACCGGGUCGCAGGCGACGCGGAACAGCCAGCGAAACAAGCACGUCCUGCAGACCGCGAACGCCAGCUUGCAGCAUCAGUUGUCGAGCCACGAGCCGAGCCUGCAGACCACGCUAACCGGGUCAAAAACGACGAUCACGUCGGACGAGCAGGACCAGAAAAAGCAAGUGCCGGUGGUGGCCAAGCGGCCGUUCCAAACGAUCGCGUUUUUGAAAUUCGGGUCCCGGGUAUCAAAUCAGCCAAUGGGGAUCGGCGGCGGAAAUCAACUUCUGGCGGCUGCUGUUGGUGGCGCAGGCGUGACUAAGAAUGGAAGCCUGCCCGUCGGAGUCUACAAUCGGUCGCAGUCGGAUCUGGAAGAGGAAUCUCAGCAGACCUACUGCCGCUGCUCCUUGCACGAGAAGGACGGCGACAGCUUUCCGCACGGCCCCCCCGUCUUGGCGCGGGGCAUGGGCGCGACGGUGUUCGGUCCGCCAAAAACCUCCUCCCUCGCAACCACCUACCACCUGACCGCGCCCCCCGCGGUCGGCGCGGAGGGGAAGGGGGAAGACCGGCCAGGAAUGAUCGCGCUCUGGAGCUUCCCCGGGUUUCUGGAUUUGUACAAAACAAGAAUGCGAAGCCGACAGGCGUCGUCCUUGUCGGAACGCGGCGUCGGGUCCUCACCGAGUAGAAGCAACUCGCUGCUCGCAAAUCUGACCGGAGGUGGAGGCGGCAAUACGCCCGGAGGAUCUACUGCUUCGCCCUCGAAAAACAGUCCGGUGAAGCGAGGCAGCGCAGCGACAGUGCAGUCUUCGCCCUCUCCCAGCGCGAAUAAGGGCCGAGGGGGAACAGCAGCUUCCCCAGCAAGUAGACCACCCACCGCUCCUGUGGUUGCCCUGAGCAGGCCAAAGAAGCCGAAAGUGCCCUUCAAGGUGCCACCGGAAAUGUCAGGGUCAUCUUCCAAUGCCAACAAUGACAAUGACAACAAUAACGGCAAAAAAUCUUCCUCGAAGGCUACGAAAAGUGCGAAAAAAGAGAAAAAUCCGCCGUUUGUCGUGCAACACUGCAUGAAUGUGUACGGAUUGUGCCUGCAGGCCGUGGAGAUAGUCGGGAAAAGACGGUAUCCAAGAAAAAAACGUUGUUAGUGUAAAUUUGUGAUGCUCAACAACAUGCAAGAUGAUUGCGUCUGUCAUGCUUAGCAUGCGUCGCAGGGUCCAUUAAAGGGCGCUUUCACGUACUAUCUGCGCGUGACAGGUUUUUGCUGUCAUGCCAGACAAAUUUGUAAAUGCUGUUCCUCCAAAAAAGUUACACCUACAAUGUUUUUUUCUUGGAUAGACGGAGAGAUUUGGACACGAGAAACUGGAACGACAUGUUUCAGUCGAAAUCGGACGGCACGGUGUACGCGCUCCGGGGAGAAGGUACUGUAAUAAUAAUAUCGUGCGGACUGCUGCGUGGAUGAACUACAUCGCAUUUCUUUGGUCUUAUAGUUCGUUGCUUCAUCAUCUGCAUGGUGACUCGUUUUUGCAUGGUAGGUAUUCCUGCAACUACAUGUACAGGCAGCGAUAAGCAACAACUGUAUGCAAAAAUACAUCGAAGUGAAGCUGAAGUCGAAACCUUGAUCAACACAGGCCCAAGUUCGUCCCUGAUGCAGUUGAGUUCGGAGGACGGAGUUUUCCUCCCCUUGACCUACAACGAGCAAGUGUGUGGUCCCUGGAGCCGAGCGAAAAACCAGCUGGUAACCGACAUUUGCGGCGAUCUGUUCGUGACCAAACGCAUUCCCCAGCGCACCGCGACCGCAAAACCCUUGCAGGGGUUGUACAAGUGGGGGUUGUUCGUGAGCACGAGCCAAGCCAAAACGCAGGACAACACGUUCGAGGAUUUGGGCCCGGUUUCGCUUGAUUUCGACGAGCAGACGGGGGAAGCAAUUGCGGUAGCGAACGGGAUAUCCUGUGCAAAAGUAUCGUACGCGUAUUGCAAUCAUGCAUUGCAAAUCUUUCUUGUAAGGUAAAUCAGCAUUGCAAAUUUUAUCUCUCAUGCUGAGGAAAUUUGUAAUGCAUUUUGAUUUUCGUUUAUACGAGUACGAUACUUUUGCAAUUCAUACGGGAGCACGCCCGCGUUCGGCAACUUCGGACCCAAAUUUCCGAACGGGGAGCCGGAGCUUAUGGCAUUCUCAAACGUUACAUUCUCAACUGUUACAUGAAUUUGUCAUGCAAAAGUACCUUGAGCCGGCAGAUGAUCGAGCUGCUUCGCAUGACAAAUUUCGGAAGGGCUAGACAGCAUCUAAAUGUGCGCCAAACUUGUAAUGCAAAAGGCGCAAUCUUCCUCCUUUCACUUUUGCCAGUCUUGCAUUACAAAUUCAUGUAACAGUUGAGAAUGUAACAUUUGAGAACUCCAUAGAGCUGCUGCUGCAGUGGGAUCCCCAGACGGAGAGGGUGCUGCCCAUCGGCUAUCAAAAUGAAAAAUCCCCCCACCCCAUAUCAAAACGGAAAUUUGUGAUGCUGAUUUGGGGCCACAAAUCAGCUUUGUAUUGCAGAAAGGCAUUGCGGCCAGAUCCCCAGGCUAGGUAGAGGCGCAUGUGUCUAGCUGUUCAGCAUGGCAAACGCUUCCCCUUUAGGCCCAACAGCAUGACAAAUCGCUUCCAUAAUGGAACGGAAGCUUCUGCCCUUGUCUUCUUGCAAGACAGAUGUGAUUUGUGACCUCAAAUCCGCAACACAAAUUUUUCUAAACUUGCCUUUUCAAUAUGGGGAGGGGGGAUUUUUCCUCUCAAUAUCGGCGGCUGGCGUGGCUAUUUCGCCGUGGAGCACACGGCGAGCCAAUUUCUGACCGUGAUCAGCGUGAAGGACGUCAAGUCGGUGCAGCAGUACCGUGCGCAGGGCGACCCUAUUAAGUUGAAUCCCGUCAUGAAACGCAUCGCGCCCCUGCGCCAAAUCCGGCAAUUUUCCUGCGGACUGGAGUUCGCGGCCUGGCUGGAGGGGGAAAACACCGUGCGGCUGCUUGGCUGCAACGAUUUCGGGCAGUGCGGCAUCAAUCCGGAGCUGGACCACGCGCACUACAUGCACGAACCCCAGUUUCUACCCUUCACGGAGGAAAAGUAUGAGUGCUGAGUUUUGUGCUUUAUUGACAACCGCAGGACAUGGCAGAUCGUACUCGUAGAAAAAACAUGUUGAAAGAUAGAGAUAAACGAAGAAAUGUUGCGCGUAUUGAUGAUGCGAUCGAGGACAACUACGUAAACCACACACAGCCCGCCACCCAGAUCCAUCGCCCAGCUGGAGGUCGGCGCCGAGUUCGGCAUGAUUCUCGCCGCCGGCAGCCACAGCGUGUUCACCUGGGGCCGCGGGGAGGUGGGCCAGCUGGGCAACGGCACCUUCAGCGCCAGUCACGUCGCCGUGGAGAUCACGCGGAAGGUGUUGGACCGGCCUUCCUACGAGUCCCAGGUCGCGGACUACCUGGCGUCCGCGGUCAACUCCGCGCAGGAAAGAAGCUUGCUGGCGGGGGGCGACAACGAGGACCAAAACAAGAACGAUAAUGGUACUAAACCUGCCGCCGCCUCCCCCUCCCCCUCCUCAGCGAACCUGCUGACCUCUUCCUACGCCGACUCCGCGGUUUCGAUCCACGUGGGCGCGCAUACGGUGCUGCUCCGCGCGCCCGAGGUGUGGGCCGUGUGGGGUCGCGUGUGCGAGUUCGACAUGAGCAUCCCGUUUUUGAUGCCGGCGGUCGAGGUGGUCUCGGCCUUGCUGGACUUCAAGGGCUUCUACCGGGAUUCUCCGUACGAUUCCACCGUGGUAAUACCGCCUGGGGCGUCCUGCACAGAGUUGCUGGUCAACGACCAAGGGAUCGUGGUCAAGCGCACCUGUGUGCUGAAGUGA